AUGAUAGUCAAUGCUUCUUUGAAUUCUUCUUAUAUAUGGCGGCACUAUCAAGUACUAAAGCUAACUGAGAAUAUGAGAUUAAGAGGAGGUUGUCAGGAAACAGAUUUGAAAGAAAUAAAGGAAUUUGGAGAACAGAUUUUAAAGCUUGGUGAUGGUCUGCUUGGUGAAGAAAAUGAUGGUGAGAUUAAUAUUGAAAUACUAGAUGAUUUACUUAUUCAUGACCAAGUCAAUCCUAUUUCUUCUCUCAUUUCAUUUAUAUAUCCGGACAUGAAUAAGUUUUUGUGGGAUUUAACGUAUUUCCAACAAAGAGCGAUUCUUGUUCCAACUAAUGAAGUAGUGGAUUCAAUAAAUAAAGAGUUGUUAGAGAGUCUGCCUGGUGAAGAAAAGGUUUAUUUUAGUUCAGAUAGUUUAUGCCAAUCGGAGGAAGAAUCAGAGCUUAAUAUGGCAUUGUUUCCUCCUGAUGUGUUAAAAAAUCUUCGCUUAUCUGGUUUACCUAACCAUAAAUUAGUACUGAAACUUGGUGCUCUGGUGAUGUUACUCAGAAACAUUGAUCAGGCAAAUGGAUUGUGUAAUGGUACACGUUUACAAAUCACGAAGCUCGGAAAAGUUGUGAUUGAAGCAAAAAUUAUCACAGGGACUAAUAUACGUCAUCAUACUUUGAUUUCAAGACUUGAAGAUGACACCUUUAGAUAA